GUGCUAAAUGAUUUAAUUGAUUGUUCGGUGCAUUUUUAUUUGACUUAAUUUUAAUGAACUGAUUGAUUAAGUUUUAAUCUGUUGAAUUUAUUUUAAGGAUAUAUAUUUAAAAAUAUUACUGUGAAUUAUUUUAAUUGUUUGCAAUAUGAGACGUAACAGAGACUUCGGUAUCAAACAAAACAACGGUCCGCUCAUGACCGAUCAUUUACGUGAUUUGGACAUAGAGUUGGAACUUUUAAAGCGCAAGCGAGAGAUCUUACAACAAGAACAAAAUAUGAUCUCUAGGAUAGCGAGGCAGAAUUACGAGCAGCCCUCUAGCUCGUUUAGGCACGAACACAUUCAGUUUCAACCCCAGCAAGUUGAUGUAGCCAACUUCUCUAACCUAUAUGAAGCUCAAGGCGGCACUCGUAAUUUCCGUAACAACCUGAAGCGUCAGAACCAAUCAAAUUGGCAAGCCCCCAAUCCCCCGAAACGUUUCAAUGCCCCUCGGGCCGUGAAUCCAUGGCAGAAUGACUCGGUACAAGGGCAACGGAAAGCUUUCCAACCCCCCAAAAGCUCUUUCUCACCCGUACCCCUCAUGUCCGUGAAGCCUGGCAUCAGCCAGCGUCUGAAACGCGAAAACCCGAACCGAAGGGAUUUCCAACCCUCAAAGAUAACGAAAUCCAGACCAAAAAAAGACAACCAGCCCAAAGCCAGGGCACAGAACGUUAAGAUCGUCAACCACCAAGCAAACGAAGCUAAGAAUUUAGUUUCGGAGACCAUGAAAUCUUUAGAGCCUAGGAAUGACGAUCACAUCUUGCAUCCUGAUAAACAGCCGUCAUUGCAAAUGAAGGGGCGACUUGAGCUUGCGUUGGGUUCGAUUCUGAAAGAGUUACGCCUAGAGCUAAGCAGCGAUCCCGAUGUUUCGGAGUAUUUCGCUACGCAUUACAUCCAACGCAUCGUCAAACGUACGAUACGUUCUCGUAUCAGGGAUGUCAUGAUGGGUAAAGCCGUUGGCACCAUAAAUGACAUCCUGGACAACUACCGCGGGGCGUAUCCAAAGGAAACCGACCUCGAUAUAAUAAAAACUGUCAAAGAGGCCCAAGCCUACAGCAGUAAGAACCUGAGUGUUACGCAUCUCAUUGAAUCAGACGAUCCCCAGGACUUCUUCAGGAAGAACAUGACUCGUAUCCUCAGCAACAAAUUGGAUGAUCUGUUCUCUAAUUUGGAAUCAUUCUAUGAGAACAAAGACAAAGAGAUCAUAGAGAGUAUCAACAAAUUGCCUGAACCGGACAAAUCUGCUAACACCAAUGACACAGAUGAUUACAGCGAGAAGGUCAACUUGCAGCAUAUCCUGAACAAUUUCUUUGAAAGCGUACCCGAUGAUAACGAACUCGUUAAGGCAUUGGGAGGCAGGAUCGACAAGGCUAAGCAUUACAUCGACUUCAUGGAUAGAUUGAUUGAGCAGAGACUGCCCAAGGUCCUGCCUAAGUUCAAGGAUAUGAUUUUAAACAUACUGUAUCACGACAGAGACUUCAUCGGUGCAAAGGCUAUGGUUAUGACCGAAAUGAAGAAAAAGGGUAACACAACAGACGAAUCUGUCCAGCAAAAAGGAAAUGAUGAUGGAAUCACAGAAGACGCUGAGAAAAAUGAAAAUAAAUCUGUAGAGCCGUCUAGAGAUACUGCUAUUGAUAAAACAACAAAUACGACAGGAACAACUACAAACGAUGGCAUAUAUUAUGUUAAGCUUGUAGGGCGUCCCAAACUACCAGCGCGAGCUGAGAUCUGCGAGUUCCUGAACCAGUUCAACACCAAUUCCAUCAAGAAACAUAAGACUAUCAACAAUUUGCUCGUAUUAUCAUUCACAAAUAAAGAUGACUAUAACAGGAUAUUGGCCUCCAAUGAAACGGUUAUUGGUGAUGCCACACUCAUUAUAAAGGCCAGCGAACAAGUGGUUUCUAACAAGGCAGUGAAUCAGAGUUCGACUGAAAAGAAAUGUGAAUCACAAAAUACAUCGGACAAGAAGGAGGAAACCGUGAACUCGUCUUAUAACGAAGCUCUGGAUGACAGCUUCAUAUCAAACGAUUUGGACAAUCAAAUAAAUAGUUUGCUGUCAUCUAUCAGGCAGGCUGACGAAGAGGAUUGUUCAAAAUCUGAUAACUUAAACGAAAACGACGAUGUUUCUAUAGAAAAAUCUGCUGAAGUUACCGAUAAGACGCGUGCGAGUGAUGAAGUCGAUGAUAAUAAUGUUGAAGACAAAGUUAAUGAUGACAUCUCUGAUCAUAACCGUAAAGCUGACGAUGAAAAUGAUUGUGGUGAUGACAAACCGGCGGCUGAUAAAGUUGAAUGUACAGACAACGCUGACGUGACGCGCGAAGACCUGACAGAGAAAUCAAAUAUCGGCGAACAGAAUGUUGAAAAAAUUGAUGAAAAAGAUAAUACUGAAAUGGAAACCGCUUGUACGGAGACAACCGGAUCAGGAACAGCUGACACUAUAGAUGAAGAGAAAGACAUGAGCACUAAACGCAGUGGCACAGAUGAUACAAAUGUAUUGAAUGUGGAAAAUAAUAAAAACGAAGAAUUAAAAAGCAAAGUUCCCGGACGAUCUACACCGACCAGGUUUUCGUCGAGGCUAGCCAGGACGCCGUCCACGGUCACGACAAGGAGAGCUAGCAAACUAGCGCAGAAUAAUCCCUGAAUAUUUACAAUGAUUUUAACUAAUUUCACGUUAACUUAUACCCAACGAUGGAUUUUGUCACAAGUGAAUAUUUAAUGAGUUAACUAUAUGUUCGCUUUUAUUUCAAUAAAACAUUUUCUCUAUUUUA